AUUGCGAUGAGCGCCAAUGGAGGAGCCAACUUCACGCGAGUCCGUUUAAAUUUUAAAUUUCGACGGAGGCUUAUGUUAGUUUUGCACUGGUCACAAAACAAGCACUAUUGUUCAGCUGUGAAAAUUGUUCGUCAUUGACUUGAGUCGUUUUUUUUAUAUUCGUUUAAUGUGAAUUGUUAACUGUUUUUUUUGUGUAGAUUGAUGAAAAUAGUUUUUAAAUUGCAAACAAAUAGUAAAUUCUAUGAAUUGAUCGAUCAAAACAAAAAAGAUAGACGAAAAUCUUAGAUAUAUUUGGACAGAACUGAUAUAAUGGAGUCAUUUUCGAAAGAUAUCCAUGCGAUUUUACGUGAACUCAAUCAAUCCGAACGAGAAGCUGAUGAAUUAAUUUCGGGUUUCAAGAAAGGAUUCGAUGAAGUUAUACAAAAAUAUGUUCAAACAAAAAGUACUCCAGUGAAGCCGAGCAAGAAGAAAGCCAAAGGCCGAACGGAAAAAGCUGAUAAUUAUGAUGACAGUAUUUCAUCGACAAAUUCGUCGCGGAGUACGAAUACGGUAACCAGAGUGACUGUAUUGAAUGAUCAUCAAUCAGCUGAUGAUGAGCCGGCUCUAUUGCGGCCAACUCGCACCGGUCGAGCUAAACCAACGUGCUAUAAAGAGCCGCCGUUGAAUUCAAAAAUGCGUCGAGAUGGCACAUUGACAGUUGUGAAUGUGAAAACGGAACGAACAUCAACCGAUGGACGGCCGGACAAGCCAAAAGCGAGCGAAGACAAGGAAAAUGAACCCGAGCGACCGGUUCGUAUUAAGAAGGAAAAGAUUGAUGAACCAAUUGCAACGAAACCAACAGCCAAUAAAACAACCACCCGCUCAACAGAAAUAGAUGGUAGCAAGAAACCAUCGAAUGAUGACUCAAAUGAUUCGUUGGAAAUUGUUCCAAUGGAAACGAAUCCAACGAUUGAAUUGUCGGAUGAAGAAACGGGUAAUGAUGGUAGCAAAAUGCCACCACCAGCAUUCGUUCCACCGAUCAAGCCGGUAAAAGAAAAGAAAGCACCAGUCGAGAAAAAGAUUCGAUCAACACGGUCCAAACAGCCAAAACGCAAGAUCAAACAGGAGCCAGUUUCGGAGAGUGAAGAUGAAGGUGUGUCUAGUACAAAUAAUGCAGACAGUGAAGCAAGUAGCAACACGGCCGUUGAGGAAAAAACCGUUCGGUCCAGUCGAAGUGCAUCGGAAAAAUCGAAAACCAAUCGUCCUCUCAACACAAGCGGUGAAUCGUUAUACGAAGAUGCAAUGUCACAGCCGUUAGUCAAUACGGCAAAUAAGCCACAAUGUGAUGCAACAUUUGUGACAACGGUGGACGAAACGGAAAAAGAGCAACUUUCACCAAGGGGAACAUACAUAAUACCGAAAGGUGGUGAUGGUAUCGAUGGUCCAAAUGCAACGUUCAAUGUUGAACAAACGGCAAAGGCCACUGCGAAUCGCGCAAUAAAUGAUCAAACCGUUGUUGUUGGUGGUACAAAAGGUGCAGCAGGUUCAAAAGUGUCGGCUAGCAGUAUUAUGACUGAAGAUGACUCCGAUUCGGAUACUGGCACUCGAAAAUACAAUGGGCUGAAAACAAAGAAGAAUCCAAAGGAAUUGUUCAAUCCAUGCACAUCGAAACCAAACAUCAAACAACGGGUUGAAGCAUUUGAAAAAUUGCAAACUCCACAGAAGGAGACACGCACCAGAGCAGCACGAGUUGAAAGCGAAAAAUCCAAAUUAACUUAUGGCUCAGCACAUACUCGCACCAAUUCGGCCACACGUUAUGCUCAAUCGAUACCGAAGCCAGUACUCACCAAAUCGCAAAGUGUUGAGGAAAUUCGUAAAAAGGCGCAGGCGGUAGCGGACGAAAAGAAGAAGAAACAAGAUGAUAAAUUGCGAAAAGCGCAGCAAUUACGCGAAGCGCAAGACCGGGAGAAGGCUGAAAAACAACGCAAACUACUACAAGAAAAAGAGCAACGGGCGCGAGAAAAGGAGAAGCAAAAGCAACAGGAAGAAUUGCUAAGAUUGCAGGAGCAAAAACGUAAAGAAGCUGAACGUGAACAAAAGCGAAAAGAGGCGCAGUUAGCAAAGAAAGCAGCGGCUGAUCGUAAAGAGCAAGAGCAUUAUCUACGGGUGUUGGCCGAGAAGAAGGCAAUGCAAGAGCAGCUCAAACUGAAUAAAAUGAAAGCGGAAGAACAGCGCAAGAAGAAUGCAUACAAUUUUGAUAUGCUGGAUAGUGGUGAUUCAACGGAUGACGAAGGGAAAACGUCAAGCAAACGACCGACACCACCAUCGUGGAGUACAUCACAUAAUCGUUAUGCGUUUGUUAUGGCCCAAGCGCGUGUUAGCACCAAAAUUACGGACAAAUUCUUUUCGGUAGCACCGCAUGAAGUCGAUUUACGUGAGAUUUUCCCGAGUAUCGACGAAAAAUACUUGCGCCGAAAUUCAAGCGCCGUUUGGAAUUCACCACCUCGCUAUUCACUAUUGCCGAAAUAUUAAUAGGUCUUUCUUAUCCACCUAUCCAGGGAGAGAUAUAUUCAUUUAUUUUUAUUAUGUCAUGUCGGUUCUAUUCCAUUAAAUAUUCAUUUCUCUUAACCAUUUUUAUUUGCCAUUCAAACCCAAAACCGUUUCGAUCCGAUUGAAGACUAUGUGCAUGUCUUAGUUUGUAGUGAAUUUAGAAUUUAUUUAAGUAAAUAAGACUAACAAUGGAAAUUAUUGCAAAAUUGUUCGAAAAUCAUGAAAUAAAAACACAAAUUAUCCACAAAAUAAA